UACCGAGAGCACCUAGUCUUAAGCAGACUAGGUUAUAGACUUUUCGAAAAGAAAAGUUUUAAGAGAAGUUUUCGAAAAGUAGUGAACUACAAUAACGAUUAUACCAAUAUUUACACUACCAAAAAAUAGACUAAUAAUUAUGUGCCUUACGUAGCGUUAACGUAAAACUUACGUUUUAUUAUUUGAACGUCAUUGUGAAUUAACGUUUAAUCGUUGCUUUUAGUUGACAGCAGUGGGUUUGACAAGUUGCACGAACACUUAGCUUAAAGAGUUCGGCGCAAUAACUUCGUAUAGUGGGAAAAUAUAGUUUUGUGUAAAAUUUUAAGGAUAAGCGUCACCAAAAUGCCGAAACCAAACGGAUUUAUGGUCUUCACUAUGGAAUGGAAACAACGACAUGGACACGGUAUGAGCAUUGCGGAAGCAACCGCAAUGUGUGGAAAAAAAUGGGAAGAUAUGGAUGAAGAAGCUCGGAAACCAUACCAAACAAAGGCAAAGAAACAAAGAGAGACAUCGAAAGCCAAACCUAAACAAGAACCUUGCUGUAACACUGGAGAUCCACUUUCCGUUUUGUUAAAAGAAAAAGAAGAAAGAGAAAAUUAUGUACAACAAACAAAACGGAAUAUAGAAUCUAUUGUUAAAAAGUCGCAGCGCAGCGAUAGAUUUACUACUGAUUGUUAUGUUGUUAUUGCCGUGAACUAUUUUUCAAAAAGUCUUAAUGGAAAUAUUUACGUGCCAGCAGAAAUCUCUUUGGCCGAGUUCUCCUUAAAGCGUGGUAUCAUAAAAACCUAUCAUACUCAUGUAAAUCCAGGAGUUUCAAUGUAUGGUCAUCAAUAUGAUGCUCAAUUACAUGCUGACGAGACACACAAAUUGCCGCUUCCACCAGAUGCUAUUGGCGAACGUAACUUAGCGAAUAUUUAUAAUGAAAUAUUGAAAUUUGCAGAAGACAAAGAGAAUGGUGGAUAUCGACCUCUUUAUGUAAGACAAGAGCAUAUUCCUAUAGCGAAAAGUGUUGUAGAGUUCUUACAAAUAGACUCCGACGUGAAUGAAAUAAAGUUUAAAAUUUAUCCAGUGCAAUAUUUAUUCUAUUUAAUGAAAGAAACUGCUUGCAAGAUAGGUGAACUCUCACCGCCUAGUAUUAUAGAGAGUAAUGCAUUUUUUGAAAGAGAUUAUUUUGAAUAUCAUACCGGAAUAUCGUGUGAGUAUCACGAGAAUAUCGAUAGAUCUAUACAUUGCACACAAUCGGUGGUUGUACGAUCGUGCUAUAUGUUUUGUGAUUACAUGUGUGAAGACGUAGCAGUUGAUAUUAUACCUGGCAGACAUAUUCCAAUAAAACAAAAAAUUGAUAUGAAAAUUAUCGAACCUAAAGUAGAUAACAAAGAAAAAUCAUAUCAAAAACUUUUUAAUAAUGAAAGUGUUAAAAAAGAAUAUUCCUCAUCGUAUGGAAGAAAUUUUAAAAAUGAGGAGUUUCCGAGUCUAAGUAUGCCAAUGAAAAAAAAGAAAAAUUUCCAACCAAAACCUCGUGACCCCGAAAAUAGCGAUUCGGAAUUUGAAACAAAGCCUGUAAUGAAUCCAUUUGGUAGACAAAAUAAUUAUCGCUAUGACAAUCUACCUCCAAAACCAACCUUACAAGAUUUUGAUGUAACUUUUUCGGAUGCGGAAUCUAUUUCUACAGUUAAUUCAUUUAAUAGGAAGCCUUGGCGAGAAAUUGCGCAAGAAGAUGGUCGUUCUGAAAGUGAAUUUUCUACCACAUCUAAUAGAAGCUUUUAUGAAUCUCGAACUCGCGGCCGUGGACGUGGAGGCGGACGAUCGUUCAUGAGUUAUGAUAGUGACUUUCCAAGUUUAAAUUAAAUUUUGACUUUAUAUAUACGUAUAUAUAAUAGAUAUAUUUUUUAAUUUCAUUUGAGUAUAAAUAAUUUUACAGUUAUGUAAAAUUAUUUAAGUUUUUAAAACGAAAAUGAUUAAGUUUUAAAUUUAAUUUUGAAAAUACGUUAAUCAUUCUCUUCAUUCGAACAAUAUGU